CGACGACAUAUAAUAUAUCGCAUAAUAUACGAAGAAGAGGCUGUCCCUAUUUUUUUCAAUAGUUUGCACGCAUUUAAAACAGAUUGCCGAGGUCUCCUUCAAGUUAGAAGAAGGAGGAUCUUCUGCAUUAUUCACUUAAACAGAAAAGAUGUCUGGUGAAAACGCAUCUUCUGUACCUCAAGUACCGCCAAGGAAUGGCCGUAAUAUGGCUGCUGCUUUAAUGGCAGAAGGAACUGGCACACAUUUUGAAGAAGUUACUAUAUCAGCUCAUCAUUGGCAUGUCGACAAGGCCCUUGGUAUCCAACAGUUCAUCCAUGAUACUAUUGGUGCAAAGUUUGUGAUUGAUGAGAUACAAAACUUAGCUGUAUUCAAAUGCCAAUCUGAUGUUAAGCCAAAUCUAGACAGCGCAAUCGAUCAGUUUAAAAAAUCAAUCAGAUGGAAAACAGUUAAGUUCACUGAACAUACCAGCGUCUUGUUGUGGUUUGGCUCUGAGCCAAAUGCCAAAUUAAAACAUUAUUUUAACUUCAUAAAACGAUUCAAAGGACCUUUCUAUGCUGAUAUAUGUCUUCAGGAGUCAAAGCCGACAUGUGUAGUUUACAGUCGAGAUGGAAAUAUUCUGUCAAAAGCUGUAGAUGCUAUAAGCAGCAGUCUUGUGUAUUCUCGUUGUUCUGAGGCAAUCAUUCACCCACGGAGAACAAUCGUCGUUGAGGCCCAACAAGAAGGCCUUUUGCAAUUAUUGAACACAGAGAAGAAUUUUGUUAGUUUUGUCUGCACAAACGAUGUGCUCAAUUCUAUACAGAACAAUUUAUGUACUGAAAAAAUCGAGAUCCCGAGCACAGUUGCAAACUAUUUUAAUUGUUACGCAGAAGAAUGUAUUCAUGGUCUUGCACGAAAGACCAACGUUGAAAUAGAGUUUCCAAUACUUCAGAAGACUUUGAAGAUAAGGGGUGUAUUGAAUGAAAUAAAUCAAUUCAAAUCUCAAUUGGACACUUUGUUCGUUGAAAAACAUACAACAGUGCAGCUUACCAAGGAAGAAAAAGUGCUUAUUGCAGAGUAUUUACGUCAAGUAGCUGGAGAGCAUAGAUGCAUUGCUGAUUUAUCCAACUGCGACAUUCAGGAAGAUGAAUCGACUUGCUGUUACCUUGUUUCAUGGUCUCAUGUACGUAACACUGGCAGGCUUUCUGUUGUAGAAGGAAAUGUGCAGAAUAUGGAUGUUGAUUUUGUGAUAAUACCAGCUGAUCGUAAUAAACAACCAUUGUCACAAACAGCAGCCAAAGUUUUACCUGCUUUGUCAAAGGUAUCUUUGAUCAAUGUUCAGUCUUCAUCCAGAGGUUUCCCUUUGUCCACCAAAUUACGGUCAGUUGCUAUGCCAUUUGUCGGAAGAAAGAUCGCAGUUUUUGUACCGGACAACGAUUUGGAUAAACGCUUUUUCCUGGCCGAACUUGUUACGAUGUUUCAAACAUUACCAGCAACUCAGAUUUACAUAGUAACACCUGCACUUGAAGAGAUUAUACAAAUUAUUGACGAUAAUUUCCGAAGCGUCAAAUCUACAUUGACUGAAAACAGUGGGUUUUUCCGUGAAAAACAUGUGGAAAACAUCUUGACAAAGACAGGACUACAUGAAGUGGACAUUCAAGUUACCAAACGGUCAUUACUUGAAUCAGAGGCAGACGCAUUAGUUAUUACUGUUGGUAGUGAUCUGGACCUAGCAAGAGGGAAUCUUUGUACACAAAUUUUGAAUGCCGCAGGACAGAUCAUUCAGGAGGAUCUGAGAACAAAACAAAAAGAGCGUCAUUCAAAUGUAUAUGUCACACAUGCAGGAGAAUUGGGAUUUCGUUCACCUGGUCACAAAGUGAAAUGCAUUAUUCACUGUCUGUUGCAGCAAUUCAACAAAGAUGACUUCAUGUCGGUGCUGAUAUCAUUUGUGGAAACAUGUCUUCUAGAAGCAGAUAUGAAAAUGUGUACAUCCGUCGCAUUCCCAGCUCUUGGAACAGGAAACCUUGGAUAUCCUGUUAGAGAUGUAGCUGUUGCCAUGUUUGAAGCAGUUAGAACAUAUCGAAAAAAAGUCAUCAACCCUAGUGUUAAGAAAGUUAUAUUUUGUGUUGGAAAACCAGAAAACGAGGAUAUGUUUUUGAAAGAAAAAGGCAGAUAUGAAGACUGCACAAUAUCUACUGUGUAUGAAAGUAUUGAAAGCCGACUGAAAGGUAUUCCGAGCAUCCAGAAGACGGUGAACUCCAUACAGAUGGCUGUAGUAAAUAAGCAGGAUUUUGGAGUUCCACCAGCUAAUGCAAAGGUUGUUGCUGUCCACUUCAAUAGUGAGGAAAAAGGUGUUCGUGGAAAACCCGUCCAACCUUCUUCAGAAAACAGAUGGACGGACCAAAUUGAUUUUUUUGCUGGCCCACAUACUUUUGAUGAGACUUGGAAAUACAACUUGUUGAAAGAGAAAUAACCAAGCUGAAUCCCAUUUACGUCAAAAAUGUUGUGAUAGUUGUUAAAGGACGUGAAGUAAUGGGCAACCUUGGAGAUCAGAUGCUUACCAAAGGAAUUGAAAAAUUCAUCAAAACAGUGUUUGGAUCAAAUUGGAAAACAACAGCGUUGGAAAUUGGAUUCUUUGAAAUGAGAUGUGUUGGACCUUCUAAAGACAAAGUGAACGAAGCGUUUAUGGCUAUGGAAAGAACAUUGGUCAAAAACUAGUGUUCGGAAGACAUCAGUCGUAUCCAGUGUUCAGAUGCUGUUCAGCGAUGAUGAAAGGAAUGCGGGCACAUUUCAAGAAAAAAAACGAUUUAAAGACGAUCGAUUUAGUCAUGGAAAAUGACUUUGAGGUUGAAAUGAUGUAUGAACUUUUGAAACAUGAGGAGAUGUAAGGAGGUUUGUUGUUACAUACAAACAAAAAAAAUAUAAGCAUAUUAUUAUGUAAUCAGUACACACUAUUAUUGGUAAAGGCAUUCAGCAUUGAAAGUAUGUGUGUGUUAAAGAUGAUGUUACGUUUACAUGAAGUUGUUUGAAAUUAUACUAAUAAUAUCUGUCAUGCAUUUCCAGUCCGGUUAAAAAAACAAUCCUCGGGCACGUUGCAUACUCUUUUAACUCAGCAAGCCUUGUUACCUGGCAACCAAGGUGCCACCGGUUCGGAUCUUUUUUAUCCGUAUCGGUCACACAUGAUUGAUUUUUUUUCUAGCAUACCUUCAAUUACGUUUUUUGUGAAAAGAAGGACUUAGAAAAACUCUUUUGUACAUUGCACUAAAAUGCGCAUACGAUGAUGUUUACUGAUGUUAUAAUGCGCAGUAAAUUUGAUUCACUGCGUAUGUCAAUACGUUCUUUCAAUAUAACGUCUUUUGAGGAUUAUUUUGUUUUGUUUUGAAGCUAUAUUUUUGUAAAGUUAAUGUUUAUGGAAAUCAUUUAUCGAAAUAUCAUAAUUAUGCAUAUAUUUCGUGUUUAAUAAAAUAGAUUAAAAUUAUUGCGUCACAGCGCGUGACUCAUCUAGGUUCGGAGGGCUAGAUAACAUGUAAUAAUAUCUGUCACGUGUUUAUGGUCCGAAAAGAAAAAUCCGACCCGAUGGCACCUACGUUGCCAGGUAACGAGGCUCUCCAAGUUAGCGGCUACGCAGUGUGCCCGGAUUUUUAUAGCACACCUUAAAUUGCAUUUUAUGCGAAACAAAUACACAUUUUUAUACAUUUCACCAAAAUUCGCGUGCGCUGAUGUUUACUGACGUCAUGAUGCGCAGUAUUUUUAGCUCUACUGGCCAAAGGCAAGAAGAGCUUAUGCGAUGGUAAUGUGUACGUAGUAUGUUUGUCCGUGCGUUCUGGCGUCUGUGCGUCUGUAAACAAUUGGUUGUGAACACGAUACAGUCUUCAGUUUUGAUUGUAUCUCGAUGAAACUUGUACAGUAUCUAGAUAUCCAUUAGAGCUCGGUUCCUUUCGAAAACCAGCCAGAUCCGCCCAUGCAUGCCUAGAUUAUGGCCCUUGAUAAUUUAAAAAAAUGCUAUUGUGUAAACAAUUGGUUGUGAACACGAUACAGUCUUCAGUUUUGAUUGUAUCUCAAUGAAACUUGUACAGUAUCUAGAUAUCCAUUAAAGCUCGGUUCCGUUAGAAAACCAGCCAGAUCCGCCCAUGCAUGCCUAGAUUAUGGCCCUUGAUAGUAUAUAAAAAUGCUAUUGUGUAAACACUAGCUUGUGAACACGAUACAGUCUUCAGUUUUGAUUGUAUCUCGAUGAAACUAGUACUGUACUUAUAUAUCCAUUAGAACUCGGUUCCUUUUGAACCCCAGCCAGAUUUGCCCAUGCAUGCCUGGAUUAUGGGUCUUGAAAGUAUAAAAAAUGCUAUUUUUAGCCAAGACUACAUGAGCGAAGUCUAUUUUUAGUCAAGUGUACAUGUAAAUUCGCAAUUGCUUGUGAAGGUUUGUCAAAUUAUGCCCCUGGGAUCAUUACUGCCCCCCCCCCCGAUAUUGUCCCACAAGUGGUUGUUCAAAUUAUGCCCCUUGGGUCAAAACUGGCACUGCCCCAGGGGUCACAAGUUUCCUAUAGACUUAUUUAAGAAAUAUUUUCAAAAUCUUAUUGUUUCAAACCACAAGGCCCAUACCUUUGAUAUUUGUUGUGGAGCAUCAUAUGAUGCAAUUGAAAACAUUUGAAAUAAUGCCCCUUGGGCAAAAGCUGGCCCCACCCCUUUUGACUUACUUAUUAAUUUUUAAAGCUACAGUAAAAAAAAAUUGACCAUGUGAACGGUUUUGCAAACAAGCAUUAAUGUUGUUCUCGGAUGUCCUUGACUUUGACCUUUGACCGACUUUUUAUUUUUAAGGCUACAGAAAUGAAAUUUUGACGAUAAGUACAGUUUUAAAAGCAAAUAUUUCUUACCCUCAGAAUACCUUUACUUGGCACAUAUUAAAAUAGUUCAUGCAACUAAUCUGCUUACAACACUUCCUGUCCUCAGAUGUUGACCGUGCAGCGUUUUCAGCUAACCCAAACACUAAAAGUGAACUAUAUAUUUGUUGCCUAUUACUCAAACGUACAUGCUCUGGAUUGAAAAUGACCACAAGAGCCAUGCCAGUAGAGCAUAGGCCCUUUUGGGCCUCUUGUUUAUUUUACCGAUAUGUCAAGAAAUUCCUUCAGUAUAUCCCGUCUUUUAAGGGUUAAUUUGUUUCGUUUUGAGGGUAUAUUUGUGUAAAGUGAAUGUUCUGGAACUCGUCUAUUGAAAACUCAUAAUUAUGGUUAUAUAAAGUGUAUAAUAAAAGCAAUAAAAAGUAUAACGUCAUAGCGAGUGACUUAUCUGUCAUGGGGGUGUCAGAUGGAAUUUUCCAGCACGUCUGAAUUCACCGGAAAUGUCUUUCCGGUGUGCUAGAAAGAGCUUUUCUGCACGACUGAAUUCACCGGAAUUGCCUUUCCGAUAUGCUAGAAAUAUAAAGCGAUGCUUAGAGAAAUGAUGGAUAGUCUAUGCAAAUCAAACAUAAUUAUUUUAAAUAAACUGUUUAUUUUUUAAAUUGGAUUAUUCAUUAUACAAAUUAUUACCAUCUAGCGUGGUUAUAGCUCUUAUUGAUUUGUACUUAUUCUCAGCUAUGUUCCUUGAAUUUAUGUAUGCCUUCUUCCACAUAUAGUUUGGAGGAUACACUUUGUAUUUCUUUUUUUGUUUGUUUUGCGUUCUGUAUAAAGUAAAGUAAUUUAAUUGGAAUUUCAUAUGUGUGUACAAAAUAAGAGCAAUUUUACGCAUACAUAUAUGAAUGAAGAUCGGAGGAGUUCUGACCUCUUCUUAAUUUAAAAUUGCAUACCUUAAUCAGUUGUCAUUAUCUUGUUUUAUGCAACUGCCAUUUACCUGUGUAGUGUAUAUGUGAAUUUCAGUAUUAACUGUAACAUGGCAGUUUCCCUAAUACCUUUGGGAUCCGGUAUAUGUUUGUCAUUAAUUAUUGUUUUUCCAAGAAUAAUAUUUUAUUUGUUAUAUAAUAGUAUUUUAUUUGUUAUAUAAAAGUGAUUAUGAUUUUAGGGAGAAUACACAUAUUAUUUAAAAUAAUGAUGCACAUGGAUAUUUGAAUGUUUUUACAUGUUAUUUGUACGAGUGGCAUUAAAUAUGUAACGAUAGUCAGUAAAAUCGCUAAAAAUAAUUCAGAUAGAGGCUUAAAAUGUUUGUUUGUUAAAUAUUAAAUGCAUACACUAAUGAAUUAAAAUUUAAAGUUAUAUAACAGAUUCCUAUAUCUGAAGUCGAUACCCACUAAACGGUUAAAUGUUUAUACCAGAUAGUGAUGGAAAGAUUCUCUAUAAUCCAUGCUAUAAUCCAUAUACAGUAGUGUUGAUAAUUUCGUGCGAAGCAUGGCUUAGACAAAGAUAUAACUUUGUUUGUCGUUGCCGGUUUAUAUAUUUCGUUUCUGUCCUAUACCUUUAAACUUUAUUUUCAUAUUGGUCGUGCUCAGUAGUUGACUCAUAGUUAUUUAGGGAUCAAAUUUCCAAAUGCCAAAAUCAUAGCACCUUAAGUUAAAAGUGAGCGCUUCCAACGGGCAACACAACCAAAUUCAAGUCCUGAAUAUUUAAGCCAUUUGGUCAAAUGUAAAAGCAUACAUCUAAAGCUUCUAGGCUGAUAACAUCGUGUGAUUUAAAUACGUGUAAUCAGUGAUUUCAAAAAGGAUAUUCGUUCUACAAACGAAUAAAGUACACAUAUAUUUCAACAACUGAAAAAAGUAAAUCUUAGUCUUUGUUUACAAGCAUGUUAAAUUAAGCGGCAGUUUUUAUUUAUACGCCAACAUAAAUGUCAAAAAGAGUCUAUGUUGAUAUAUAAGAAGAAUAAAAACCUCUGAUAAAACAAGCCAAAAUUUUUUUUAAGUCAACUUACGUGUACAAAAUGCAAGUGAUUCGGUGAUUGUCCAUAAACCCUAAGUAUGUAUAAUAUACGCCGAGGGUCGGUUUUUAAUCCGGACCAAAACUAUUUUUGAUAUUUCUCUUGCAGUUUUUCUUCCGUAAAAAUCUUGUAAAUGUAAUGUAAAAACCGUAUAUUUAUACAUUUCACCAUAAAAAAGCGUGCGACAUUUAUUACUGACGUCAUGAAUCAUAGUAAUUUUAGAUCACUAUUGGCGUCAAAUAGUUACUCUAAAAUCGCAUUUUGACGAAUAUUUAUUUCCAAAUUGAAUUGAAAGUCUUGCAUACUUACACAUUUCAGUGUGCUUUAUUUGAAUUUACUUUUCAUAAACCAUACAAUAAAAUAAAUAAGAGUAUUUGCGCGUGACUCAUCUUAUAUGGCGUGGGGUGUAAGACGGGGUUUCCAGCAUUGGUCACAUGACCGGAAACACGCGCUCGGUGGGCAAGAAUUGUUUUGUUGUUUUUUUGUCUUUAUCAUUUCUUGCUUAUUUUUUGUUAAACCAAAACCAUCCCCAAAAUAUAGUCUUGUUUGAAUGUACAACAAUUGUUUUACUACAAAGAGAUCGUUUCAAUGCAUUACAUAGAGAAUGCCCCUCGUACUUAAAAUGUUCUUCAAUUGUACAUUGCUAAUGCUACAUUGUUUUGCUCCUGUGAUUAAUAAAUGU